AUGCGGACCUUCACUUCCCUCCUUACUGCGGCGACCUUCGCCGCCUCCGCUCUGGGCCACGCCAUCUUCCAGGAGCUGUAUGUGAACGGAGUUGACCAAGGACACACCAACGGCAUCCGUGUCCCCGACUACGAUGGCCCCAUUACCGACGUCACCUCAAACGAUGUCAUCUGCAACGGAGGUAUCAACCCGUACCACCAACCUAUCUCUACUAAGGUCAUUUCGGCGGCCGCGGGAUCUCAGGUCACCGCCGAGUGGCAUCACACUCUUGCGGGUGCCGAUUCCUCUGACUCGGCCGAUCCCAUUGAUGCGAGUCACAAGGGCCCAGUGAUGGCGUACAUGGCCAAGGUCAGCAAUGCCACUGACCUUACCGUGACUGGCUUGAAAUGGUUCAAGAUUUGGGAAGACGGCAUGAAGAGUGACAAGACCUGGGGUGUCGACCGUUUGAUUUUAAACAAGGGCAAGGUCACGUUCACUAUCCCCAGCUGCAUUGAAGCCGGGCAGUACCUCCUUCGCGUUGAGUUGAUAGCCCUGCACGCUGCUUCAUCCUACCCUGGUGCCCAGCUAUACAUGGAAUGCGCUCAGAUGCAAAUUACCGGUGGAGGAAGCACCAAGCCUGCAACCGUUAGUUUCCCGGGCGCGUACUCCGGCACUGACCCUGGUAUCAAGAUUAACAUAUACCAGACUCUUUCUUCGUACACUAUUCCUGGUCCCGCUGUCUUCCAGUGUGGCGGUUCCUCAGCUCCCGGCUCUGUAUCGACCACGUCGGCCCCAACGACGACCGCCGUUCCCACUACGUCUACUGCAAGCGCUCCGACGAGCACCGCUGUUGGUACCGUCACCCAUUAUGGGCAAUGCGGAGGGCUCUCUUACACCGGACCGGUCGACUGUGUUUCACCCUACAAGUGUGUUGUAUCCAAUGCAUACGUGAGUAAAAAUCUGAAGUAG